UUGUGUGUUCAACGUAUAAUGUCAACGGCUUCGUGACACGGUAAUGAUAUAUUCGUCGAAAAAAUAUAAUUUUUCGAUAAUAUCGGUGAAAAUCUGUAAUAGAAAUGUAUAACAUGCAUUGUAUUAUUGGAUUAAUAAUUAAAAAUCUAAUAAAUUGAUAUUUAUAACGAUACAAGAAUUAUAAGAACGAAAUAAUCGAUAGAAAAUCGUUACAAAUUAAGCUGCGUGGUUCGUACACAUAUGACAAAAUAUCUUAAUUUUUUUUAAACAAGUUUUACAACAAUUUGAAAAUGACUGCAUCGUUAUCGUUGCUGGCAAGCCACGAUGAAGUGGUUCGAUGUACAAAUGUACUUGUAAAUGGAGCUUGUGAAGAAGAAUUUUUAAAAUUUGCUAUAAAUCAAGAAGAAAUGAGACAAAAAUGGUUAGCAUCUAUACAAGAAUGUCAACGUCUUCAUACAGCUUUAGAAAAAGCUCAUCAAGAAGCAGCUGAUUUAGAUAGAAAAUUAAGUCAUGCUAGAAGACUUCUAGAUGAAGAAAAAAAAAGAAGACGUACUGUUGAAGAACAAAGAAAUUCAUUGGAAAGACAAAUUGCUAUGGUUAGAGAUCUUUUAUUUAAUGAUGGUGGAAGAAAUUUAAAUGAUGAAACUCGUGAAAAAUUACAAUUUUUAAAUAAUACUACAUUAAAUGGUCGACAUAGUAAUAUACAUAUUAAAGAUGUUCAUCAAAAUGAAAAAUUAAAUACUAUAGCGGAGCUGGACUCCACUGGCUCUAUUUUAAGUGACUUAAGUUGUUUUUCAAAAUCAGAAGAUGAUUUAGAUAUUAGUGCAAUCAUUCAACAAAAUCAAAAGAAACGUGAAUGGAAAGAACAUAGACCUAGUGGUGAAUAUUCUGCAAAAAAGCGACGUAGUGGAACACAAAAAACCACAGAAUUAACUUCAUCUGAUAGAAUAAUAGCCACAACUACAGUAGUGAUGCCAAAAGAUGGUAAUAUCACUGCAUCUUCUGUAAUUGAAGCUAUACCUGGAGAUGAAAAUCUAGAUCCACAGGGUCCUUUACAUAAUUCACCUAAAAGACGUAAAAGUGGUGAUCGUAGUAGAUCAAAGUUAACACCUCUUAAUACAAAUGAAAUACAAAUUGAUACUGCUCCGUCCGCACCAAAAAUAGAAGCUCUCACAUCAGGAUCAGAUUCUGAAGGUAUCUUUAAACCUAGUCCAAAUAUUGGAGGAUAUACUUUAAAUACAAAAUCAGCUAGAGGACAUAGUUUUAUAGCAAAGACAGUAAUUAAACCAGAAGUUUGUACACCCUGUGAUAAAAGGAUUCGUUUUGGAAAAAUAGCUUUGAAAUGUAAAGAUUGUAGAGCUACAGCUCAUACAGAAUGUAAAGACUUAGUGCCAUUACCAUGUAUACCUACUGGAAAUACACCUACAUUACGUGGCACAUCAGGAACAAUAGCAGAUUAUACACCUAUGAUUCCACCAAUGGUACCAUCAUUAGUUGUUCAUUGUAUUAAUGAGAUAGAAUUAAGAGGAAUGAGUGAACAAGGACUAUAUAGAGUAAAUGGUGGUUCAGCAGAAGUAAAAUAUCUAAAAGAAAAAUUCCUUAAAGGCAAAGGUGCCCCUAAUCUUUCUGAUGUUGAUAUUCCUACCAUAUGUUCUACGCUUAAAGAUUUUCUUAGAUCAUUACGGGAACCGUUAAUUACUGUCGGAUUAUGGGCAGACUUUGUUCGUGCAACUACUAUUACUGAUAAACAAGAUGCUGAUGCUGCUUUAUACCAAGCAAUUUCAGAAUUACCUCAACCCAAUAGAGAUACACUUGCCUUUUUAAUUUUGCACUUGCAAAGAGUAUCAAGCAGCCCAGAAUGUAAAAUGCCAAUAAGUAAUUUAGCUAAAGUUUUUGGACCUACUUUGGUGGGUUAUAGUUCUCAGAAACCAUCACCUACUUCUCUUCUUUCCGAGACGAAUAAUCAAGUUGCUAUCGUAGAAAGUUUAUUGAAAAUUCCUUCAGAUUAUUGGGCAAAUUUCGUCAAUCCUGAAAACAUACAUAAUAUUGGUACUCAUAAAACUGGUGAAUUACAACAUACACCAUCCCAGGAAUCUUUACUUAAACGUAGUAUUUCCCGUGGUUUCUUUAAUACUCCGCUUGCUUCUAGUCGAUCAUUUAUGAGAAAAAAUAAAAAAUACUUUGGGACAUCUCCCUCUAGAGUAGCCUUCUAAUGGUAUGUAUUUACAUAUUAUAUUUUCGACACAUCGACAGUACAAAUAAUUCAUAAAUAAUUAUUUGCUGUUUGAUUAGUAUUUUUUCAUGUGCAACAUGAUAUUUCUACGUUUUAUUCAAAAUUUUGUAAUAUUUUGAUUAAAAUAUGUAUGUAAUGUAUGGUAUAGAAUAUUGUUAGAAUAUUGAAAAAGUACAAUAUUAGAGAUUCGUAAAACUGAAAUAAUAAUAUAUUAUGUUAAGUAUUUUCUAUAAUAAUUUGAAAUAUAUGAAAAAUGUGCUGAUAUUGAUUUCAACAUUUUUCUAAAUUGAGAAUAAUAUAAUAUAAAAAAAUGAAAUGUUACGUAUAGAAGAAUAAAUAAAUGUCAUAUUUUUGUUAGUAUAUCAUCUUUAAAAAUGUAAAAAUACGAAUUUCUUUAUUUCUUUCUCAAUGACUUUACUUUCUUUUCUUAUAAAUAUAUCAGUACACAUAUUAGUAACAAAAAUUAUAAAUUUAUUAUCAUCAUUAAUUUCGUAAACAAAUAUCUUAUGCAAACUAAGUAAACUUGAAAUGUAUUAUAAACAUUGCUUUUCAGUUCUUUUACAUUGUUUAAACACUAAAAUAUAUCAUUAAUUUUUGUACAUACUUUCGUUUUCAUAAGAAUAAUCGUAUCACAAGUACAUAGUACAGUUUAAAUUAUUUCUUAAUUAUUUAAAUGAGAUACUUAUUUUAAUGGUAGUGAAAUUAAAUUCCUUAAAUAUUAUAAUUAAGAUACUAACUUAUAAAACAAUAUAUAUGUUAUAUAUUUUACUUGA